GCGUGCGCGAGCUGGGGCGCUGACUUCCGGCUCUUGGAGAAAGUUGAGCAAGAGUGGUUUGCAGGUUCCUGGUUUCAGAAAAAAUGGACAGUAAAGGAAGGAAAGUGGUGGUUUGUGACAAUGGAACCGGGUUUGUCAAGUGCGGCUACGCUGGCUCCAACUUUCCCGAGCACAUCUUCCCCGCUCUGGUCGGCCGGCCCAUCAUCCGCUCAACGGCCAAAGUGGGCAACAUCGAGAUCAAGGACCUGAUGGUGGGUGACGAAGCCAGCGAGCUGCGCUCCAUGCUGGAGGUAAACUACCCCAUGGAAAACGGCAUAGUGCGCAACUGGGACGACAUGAAGCACCUGUGGGACUACACCUUCGGGCCUGAAAAGCUCAACAUCGACUCACGCAACUGCAAGAUCCUCCUCACAGAGCCACCCAUGAACCCCACCAAGAACCGGGAGAAGAUCAUCGAGGUGAUGUUUGAGACCUAUCAGUUUGCCGGAGUUUACAUCGCCAUCCAGGCAGUGCUCACUCUGUAUGCCCAGGGGCUGCUGACCGGCGUGGUGGUCGACUCUGGCGAUGGUGUCACCCACAUCUGCCCCGUCUACGAGGGAUUUUCCCUGCCCCACCUGACCCGACGGCUGGACAUUGCCGGGAGGGACAUCACGCGCUACCUCAUCAAGCUGCUCCUUUUGCGUGGCUACGCCUUCAACCACUCGGCCGACUUUGAGACGGUGCGCAUGAUGAAGGAGAAGCUCUGCUAUGUGGGCUACAACAUUGAACAGGAGCAGAAGCUGGCGCUGGAGACUACGGUGCUCGUGGAGUCCUACACGCUCCCGGAUGGCAGGGUCAUCAAGGUGGGCGGGGAGCGGUUUGAGGCCCCCGAAGCCUUGUUCCAGCCUCACCUUAUCAAUGUGGAGGGCGUUGGCGUGGCUGAGCUUCUCUUCAACACUAUCCAGGCGGCCGACAUCGACACCAGGGCUGAGUUCUACAAACACAUCGUCCUGUCGGGGGGCUCCACCAUGUACCCCGGCCUCCCGUCCCGGCUGGAACGCGAGCUAAAGCAGCUCUACCUGGAGCGAGUGCUGAAAGGCGACGUGGAAAAGCUCUCGAAAUUUAAGAUCCGGAUUGAGGACCCCCCUCGACGCAAACACAUGGUGUUCCUGGGUGGAGCCGUUCUGGCCGACAUCAUGAAAGACAAGGACAACUUCUGGCUGACGCGUGAGGAGUACCAGGAAAAGGGCGUGCGGGUCCUCGAGAAGCUCGGUGUCACGGUCAGAUAAACCCCGACCGCGCUGAGCAACACACCCGUUCCACCCUCCCCCUCUGUUCUCUCGCAUCGGUCAGGAGGGCGGGGCUGGGGGCGGGGUUUGGAGCUGGCCUGGGGAGGGAGGGGUUCUGGAGACACAGGGGUGGAGGUCUGACAGGUUUCCUGGGGAAAAAAGUUGUUCUGCCCCAUAACCAUCACUGAAUCAAACUGCCGACGUUUCAACGGUCUCUACGUGUGUGUGUGUGUGUGUGUGUGUGUGUGUGUGUGUGUGUGUGUGUGUGUGUGCGCAUGUGCGUGCGUUUAAAGGGCCCCAUUCAGACAGGCUGCCCACUUGUACCACUCAGCAGGUGAGCCCAAAUGGAUGAGUAACUGGGCUUCCGCCGGGAUCUGCCUUUAUGAGAUGUAUAAUUUGAACCGGUGGGGGGAGGUGGUUUCGUCAUCUCAUGUUACUGGGGUUGGGGGGGGUGUCCCAAGUGCUGUUUGAGGUUUAGAAUCAACUGGAAACUUGAAAACCCUGAGUUACCCAUUCCUGAUAAAGUUAAAAAUGUUCACUGAGACCACAGAGGACUGUAUUUGGUAAUUAUGGGAAAAAACUGUUCUGUCACCUUCUUUCCCCCCCAUGGUGGGGGGGCAGGUUUGCUCUGUUUCUUUGGAUAUGUAUUACUUUGAAAUUGCUUUGUUUUGUACUGCGUACUCUUUGAGGUGCAUUUUCUCCACGUGACACCUUACGAAUGUGCCUCACACCAUCACCACUGCUCCCCACGGAGCUUAAGAAAAUGAUCAUUUUCUUUUAAUGAGAAAUGAGGGUGAAGGGGGCGGGGCUUCCCCACCGCUGCCCUUUGGAGGCUUAUUGCGAGUCGACGGGUGACGUUUGUAACGCAGGUGGGACCUUAGUGUUAUUGGACAUGGAGACCUUGUGUGAGACGGCAUUUCACUUUGGUUUGGCUCACGUGUGUAUAUUGGAGGCACUUCAUAUGCAGUAUAUAUAAAUAUUUUUCCCCCCAUAAACAUUCAUGCAGUGCCAAGUGCAGU